UUUCCUUAAUUUGUAGUUGUUUCUCUUCAAUCCUUCAUAAUCCAAACCAUCAAUUUUUGCCGAAGGAGAUGGCUGUGACACAAAUUGUGGUGUUUAUUUUUUUAGGAGUUGUACAAUGUAAAGCGAUGUUGAACCCAGUAGUAUUAGUCCCGGGAGAUGGAGGCAGUCAAAUACGCGCCAGACUCAACAAACCUCAUAAGGUUGCCCCUUACUGCAAGAAGCAAACACAAACCUUUACAGACCUCUGGCUUGAUAUGAAAGAACUCACACCUUUGUGGAUAAACUGCUUCGUAGAUAACAUGAGGCUGGAGUAUGACAACGUUACGAGAACCACCAAGAACUCUCCGGGAGUGGAAACCAUGAUCCCAGGCUUUGGUACAACUGAAACUGUGGAGUAUCUGGACAGUGUGAAAAUCCCUCUGACAAAGUACUUUAACGACAUUGUACAGGCCAUGGUGAAAUGGGGUUACAAGAGGAACGUUUCGGUGUUUGGAGCUCCGUACGACUUCAGAAAAGCGCCUAAUGAACUGAAAGGGUAUCUCACCGCCCUCCAGCAGUUGAUAGAGAGGGCGUACUACAACAACAACAACCAGCGGGUGUACAUGAUUACCCACAGCAUGGGCAGCCCUGUCACCCUGUACUUACUCAACCGCAUGACUCAGGCGUGGAAGGACAAGUUUAUUAUGGGCUUUAUCUCCCUGGCCGGGGUCUGGGGCGGCGCACUCAAACCGAUUCGGCUCAUGAUAACCGGUGACAAUCUGCAUAUUCCGCUAAUAAGCCCUCUGAAACCUCGCCGUAUGCAGCGGAGCAUGACAAGUACCGCAUGGCUCAUGCCGUCUGACGAGUUCUGGAAGCCCGAUGAGGUGCUGGUUGUCUCCCCUGCCCGCAACUACACGGUCCGAGACUACAAGCAGCUCUUCAAGGAUAUUGACUAUGAGACUGGUUACAUGACGUGGGAAGACACUAAGGGUCUGGUCAAACCUCUUCAGGCCCCGCAGGUUGAAAUGCAUUGCUUACACGGCGUGGAUGUUCCCACGGCCGGUAGGUUCUUGUAUGAUAAAAGCACGUGGCUAAAGAAGAAUCCCAAAUAUGUAAAGGACAACGGAGACGGAACCGUAAACAUUCGCAGCCUCCUCGGCUGUCUUCGUUUGCGAGACCAACAGAAUCAGACGGUUAACCACCAAACCUUCCACGGUGUCGAACAUUUGGACAUACUGCACCACAAAGACGUGAUAGCUUAUAUAAAGGGCGUUCUUAUGAAAUGAAGAUGACGAACGAUUCAUAGCGCACACUGAUGUAUGGAGGAAUAUUUGAAGGGCAAUGCAUAUGACGAAACGAUGCUUGACCUUUGAUAACAUUACCAUUCAAAAUGUUUAAAACAGGUUUCAAAGUUCAGUUGGAAAAAUGCUAGUUUUACUUUCUAUGCACAAUUGCACACAUGUUUUAAACAGCAGUUAACCACAAAUCGGAUGUAAACGUUUGCGAUAGGUUAACUUGUUGGUGUACAUUAGUAUAUAACUUGGGAAAAUAUGCAUAGUAUCAAUAGAUAUUGUUAGUGAGUAUUUCGUAAGAAAAGAAAAUUACAAAACAAAUCAAAAUAAUUCUUGUGAAAUUCAAACUAACGCAUACAAACACGUUCAUGAGAAUUGUACAAAAUUACAGAGCCGAAUAUAUCGAAACACAAUAUUUAUUACAACUUCAGCAUUUCACGCCUAUUGUUAUAUAAAUAUACAAAGAAAAGAUGAAUUGCAUGAUAUGUGUAAGAUUUUAGCAAUUGAACAUUAUUAAAGUGGAUAUGUUUAAUAUAAAGAUAUACCAACAUUACACGUGAGAGCAAUUAAAGAUACUAGUUUUGUCGAUUCAUUAGAUUGAAUAACGAUUACAUUUUUAAGUAGGAAAACAUGAAAAAGUUAAACACUUACUGCAUAGUAAAUAACACGGCCAUUAUCAAAAGUGUUCACGAGAAUUACAAUACGUAUAAUUCGUAAGGAUUUAUCAAAAGCUGAAACUACUGUUUCAUGUGCGGAUUUCCUUAAGUUAAUCCCCGUAUAUACGUGUAUGAGAUGAGCACUGGAAAAACCCGGACGCACGUUCUAAUCAGGGAAGACAUUUCUGCUUGAAUGGCAUUGUUCUUUAAAAUAAAGUAAAAUCGAAACGAAAAUCCAACUUAAAGAUAAUUUCAUUAAGAAUGAACAUUAUUUGGUAACUAAAUAACAACCCAAACCCUUAAUUCACAUAGGCCUAUGCAGAAAAGCGCAGACCAAAAUAACAGAGAUAAAAUCCUAUUGUACCAGGGGUCACUGUGCAAUAGGCAGCUUUAAAGUUGUAUAUACUUGACUUCACAUGUUUGUUGAAUGUUUAGCAUGCUAUAUUAGGUUUUAGGUUUUUGUAUAUACUAUCAAGAAGUUAGCUCUUAAAAGUAAAUGACGA